AUGUCAUCUACAACGACUAGACCAACGUCAUCACCUGCUAUUUCAACUACAACGACUACACCAACGUCAUCACCUGCCGUUUCGUCUACAACGACUAGACCAACGUCAUCACCUGCUAUUUCAACUACAACGACUAGACCAACGUCAUCACCUGACAUUUCAUCUACGACUAGACCAACGUCAUCUCCUGCCAUUUCAUCUAAAACGACUACACCAACGCCAGCGCCUGUAAUUUUAUCUACAGCCACUACACCAACGGCAGCACCUACCAUUUCGUCAUCUACAACCACCACAACAACGUCAGCACCUACCAUUUCAUCAUCUACAACCACCACAACAACGUCAGCACCUACCAUUUCAUCAUCUACAACCAUCACAACAACGUCAGCCCCUACCAUUUCAGCAUCUACAACCACUACAACAACGUCAACACCUACCAUUUCACCAUCCACAACCACCACAACAACGUCAGCACCUUCUGCUUUUUCAUCAACUACAACCACUGCACCAACACCAUCAUCUUUAACUAUUUCAUCACCAUUUACAAGCACUACAUCAACAAAAACAACAAGCACACAGGCUUCAGACUCUACUCCUUUUAAGUCUAGCUCACCCAUUGGUCCAACAUUUGGAGAAACAUGUCCACAGGGGCAAACGAUUGUUGUAGGGUUACCAGCAGAUGCCAAUGGACGGGCAUACAUAAACAAGACUAUUACAGCCUGGGACAGAAAUGGACAAGUACUAGAAGUCCGUGGCAACCCUAGCCUUCCUGGUUACAUCACGUACAGCCCAGAACCGCAACAUGUAGUUCUUGAGGCGACGGAUAGAUGGGGAAUGACUACUAGCUGCUCAUUUACUAUUGUGGUGAAAGGUAUCUGGUAA